AUGGAUAUUAUUGGAGAAGAAUCUGUACGCAGUAUUAUUCGGAAGCAGUUCAUACAGGAUGACAUUCGAUCCGCGUCCAAACGAAUUUUAGAUGUUCAAGUAGUUUCUCCAUACAAUAUCGAUCAAGUGGGUGCCACUGACGACCGUUAUAAAACACUAGAGCGCAUCGUAGAAAAAGUGAGAGAGCACUAUCGCGAGCCUCCUCGCGAUUCUCCACAAAGUAAUAGGAGUGACUUAGCGAGUGGCACUGCACCAUGCCUACCAUCACCCGCAGUAAUUUCGGAUCAUUGGCUUUUAUGUGUGCCGAAUUCCAUCCGAAACCACGAGAGGGACGUCGUCAAUUACUUAGGCAUGGUUGUUGCUAUCGACUUUAGACACUGGGUAGAAGAAAUUCCAACCGGGCCUAACGUUAGGACUGAUGUAAACAGCGACACCGCUGAGGCUGCUGUUGGCACAGAAGUGAAAGGGUUUACUGGGUUUUACACCACCGUUAGUCACAACGAUUUAUUCUCCUCGAAUGCUGAGAGUCAACAUGCCCAGCUUGCUGAGAAGGUAUACCCCAUGAUGGAGUCCAAACGCAGUACACUUCUUCGCGGAUCUGUUGCGAUGAUCUAUCUAUUACGUCGCGCAGUGGAGUUAUACAAUAUUCCCUGGUAUAGCCCAGAAUACCUCGCUCAAUUCAGCUCCGUUCAAGAUGCUAAGGAGGCGCUGCGGCUGUGUUUUUUGGGUUGUCGUGAGGAUGCCGUGACACCUCUGUGGAUGCCAGCAACUGACGAGCGUGUGGAGUUGCUGCUUUCCCUGAGUCAAGCCUUGCGUGAAAAGCAAACUUCUUUUUACGACAUUUUAUGUGCAUGUAGCGGAUUCAUUUUCAAACCGCGUGUUCCAUUGUCUACAGAGGUGGACUCCCUACCGUGUUCUUCUUCACCUCCUGCUGGGUUCAUUUCGCAUCUGCUUGAGCUGCACCCCCGUUACCAUGAUGUCGCUUGCCAUUCAACAGCCUCGGGGGAUAUUAGGAUCCCUGUCCUGAAGCUGUCCCAACUGACGGUGCUGGCCUUGUCACAGGCGCUUCCAGCCUUGUGGCGCUUCCGCGGUCAGUCUGGACUCCCUUUGGUUUCCGAAGGCUUUUCACAGCCCGCCUGGAUUCGACGCAUUGCGAGUGCGUACCAUAGCCUGCAAAGUGACGAAAGCCCUCCUCUCUUUAAGGAUCUGGCACAGCUUUCCGUUUGUUGCGACUACCAAAUACCAAGGGCGUUACGCGAUGCUGGCCUGCUGGUUUAUGCUGACCGUUUAUCGGAUCUUGUGGAUCGUGGGGUUCUCUUGCAGGCAGGAGGAAGGGAUGAGGGUGCGAUUCGUCUUGGGGCACUUCUUGCGACCGAACUUCUCAUAGAUUACCUAAACGAAAGAUUUUUCGAUACCUUGAAGACGAAAGAAAAUGACAAUGCAUGUACAAGCUCUGGCUUAGCUCAAGUAGGUACGAACUCGGUGGGCAUCCAAGCCUUGGAUUACGCCUUAUGGUACGUAGGACGAUAUCCAUCGGCUGGUUCUGAAUCAAGGCAUCACUUGUGUCGCACUAUAAUGUACUAA